AUGCAAGUGACUUUGAAGAAAAAGGUUCAUUCAACUAUGCCCUCUGGAUACAAGCCGGAACUUGAUUCUACUGCCUUUGUCAAUGAUGAUACUGCUAUUCUUUACAUGCAGCUCAUUGGUAUUCUCCGCUGGCUUGUGGAACUUGGUUGUCUUGAUGUUGCUGCCAAAGUUUCUAUGCUCUCAUCUUACAAUGUAAUGCCUUGUGAAGGUCACUUUCAUGCUGCCUUACAUAUUUUUGCCUAUUUACAGAAACAUCCUGAUUGCAUACUUGUGAUGGAUUGUAAUUAUGCUGAUCAUCUGAGACCAUUGAAGAAAGCUGAUUACUCACAGUUCUAUGAAUUCACAAAGGACAAACUCCCAAGUGACAUGCCUACACCCCUUGGCAAAGCAGUAGAGUUCACUAUGUUUGUUGAUGCAUCUCAUGCUGCUAACGUUGUUACUUGUCAAUCAAGAACAGGAGUAUUGAUUUUUUUAACAAAGCUCCUAUCAUCUGGUAUUCAAAGAAGCAGAACAGUGUCAAGACAAGCAGUUCUGGUUCUGAAUUUGCUGCCCUAA